ACUCAUUUGAUCUAGUAGGAGAAGAUACCAGAUAAUAAUUUCUGACCACUAAUUAACUCUUCCUUUAGUUAGUUUCAACUUUCAAGACAAAAUGAAUGUUCAGUUUGGUUGGGGAACUUUUGAGGAUGGAUGGAGGAAGGGCCCUUGGACUCCUCAAGAAGACAAGCUUCUCAUUGAUCAUGUCAAUCUCCAUGGUGAAGGCAGAUGGAAUUCAGUCUCCAAACUCACAGGAUUGAGGAGGAGUGGAAAGAGUUGUAGACUUAGGUGGGUGAACUACCUCAGGCCUGAUCUUAAGAGAGGAAAGAUCACUCCUCAAGAGGAGAACAUCAUUUUAGAGCUUCAUGCCAGAUGGGGAAACAGGUGGUCCACAAUAGCAAGAAGUCUUCCAGGAAGGACAGAUAAUGAGAUUAAAAACUACUGGAGAACACACUUCAAGAAAGGAAAGACAUCAAAGAAUGUGGAGAGAGCAAGAGCAAGGUUUCUUAAACAACAACAAGAACAACAGCAACAACAACAACAACAACAAGAAUUUGUACUUCAAGUGCAAGUUGAUCAAGAACAGCAGCAGCAAGUACAGCAACAAGUACUACAUCAGUAUAAUUGUUAUGAUCAGCAAACCAAUGAAGUGCAGCAUGUUGGAGAACAAGACAUUGAUGAGAUGAUCAUGGCUUAUAUGUACCCAAAUAUGUCAUCAUCCAUGACAUCCAUGAGUGAUGGGUCAAGUGAGGACAUUGGAUCAUCAUUGGGGAACUUCUGGAACUUGGAUGAUGUAGUGCAGCAACAUGAUCAAGUGUUGUAUUUUUACUGAUGAUGUUAUGAUAUUUAUCUUUGAUGAUCA